UCUAUGUUGGAUCAUAAACUAGUUUACAUUUCUCAAAAUUUCAUGUUAUUUUCGACUAGAAAUCAAAGAAACUAAAUAAAUCACCUGGGGGACUUUUGAAAGUUCUGCAGGUAUGACGAGGAGGAGGGGUGGUUGAGAGAUUCAAUGACUUCUUCACGCGGCCUUAUAAUUCUCUGUAUCAUCUUCUUCCUCUCUUCUGUCAAUGCCAAUACCUCUUUAUACUCUCAGGAGUGCCCUCCUGCAAAUAUGAAUAAAGGCAUUAGACCACGCCAAGUCCAGUCCUCCUAUACAGAAGAAAUGGCGCCCAAGAUGCAUACCGGUUCUCUUCAGAACACGAAUGGCGAAGUGACAAUGAAUUUAAGAUCAUGGAAGAGCCAACACGCCGCGCAUCACCAUCCUCACCUAAGACUUGUUCAUGGGAUUAUAAACAUAAUAGCAUGGGGGAUGCUCUUGCCCGUUGGAGUAAUCAUAGCCAGGUACUGCAGAAAACCGCCCAUGAACUGCGGCGAAUGGUAUUCGCUUCACAUUUUGUGUCAAUUUUCAGGAUAUUUUCUCGGAUCAAUCGGAUGGGGCAUUGGUUUGUGGCUCAAAAAGUCUUCCAAACACUCCACUUUGACAACACAUGGUAUUUUGGGCACCGUUUUAUUUGCAUUGGCAACCAUACAAGUUCUGGGAAUUUUCUGUUUCCCGCCAAGAGAAGAAAAUAAAGGUCACAAGUACUGGAAAAUAUACCAUCAUCUUCUGGGAUAUGCAUUGAUUGCUCUGAUUAUAGCUAAUAUAUUUCAAGGGAUUAACAAUCAAAGUUCAGAAGAUAAAUGGAGGUGGUCUUACUCCGGAAUUCUCGGAGUUUUGGCUUCAACUGCUCUAGCAUUGGAAAUUUGCAGAUGGAAGAAGUGCAUAAAUCACCAUGCCAUGUUUUUUAUUAGCAGUGCAUAUACUCAUUCAUGAUUUAUUUUAUUUAUUUAUUUUUUAUUAUUUUUGGGUUCUUUUUGCUUUUAUAUUUCUUUCCAUUAUUAUUCUUUUUCUGUAUUUAUUUCAAUGAAAAUUGAAUUGGAAGAGUGUCACCAAGGAUUCAUGCUCAUGAGGCCAGGAUGCAAUGCCAGUAAAACAUAUGUUGUUCCACAUCUUUUUAAUUUCCAAAUAAUUGAAAAUUUUAUAUGAAAAAAAGAGAUUACUAAA